AGUGACUGUAACCUCUCAGAGAGAAGCUGUGAAGCUCUGUCCUCAGUUCUCAGCUCCCAGUCCUCCAGUCUCAGAGAACUGGACCUGAGUAACAACAACCUGCAAGAUUCAGGAGUGAAUCUUCUCUCUGCUGGACUGAAGAGUCCAAACUGCAACCUGGAAACUCUCAGCUUAUCAGGCUGUUUGGUCUCAGAGGAAGGCUGUGCUUCUCUGGCCUCAGCUCUGACCUCCAACCCCUCCCAUCUGAAAGAGUUGGACCUGAGCUACAAUCAUCCAGGAGACUCAGGAGUGAAGCUGCUGUCGGCUGGACUGAAGGAUCCACACUGGAGACUGGAAGCUCUCAGGGUGGAGCCUGCUGGAGGCCGAUUCUUGACUCCAGGUCUGAGGAAAUGUAAGUGUGUUUUUCAUCUGAUUCAUGACAACAAAGCAGCUCACAUUCAACCAUCUUCAAACUGUCACAUCACUCAUUCAGGAGUCAAAGUGUCAAUAAAUGAUCAAUAACUGCAGCUGGAUUGUGUUUGUUCUCUCCAUCAGAUUCCU